GGAGAGCAGAGUGACGCGCUCCACCUCGCGCCGUGUUGCAGUCCGUCUCCGCGUCGCUCGCGAUAGACUGUGGCGUCGGUGGCUGCUGCGGUGCGCAAUGGUGUUGUUGGUGCUCCUGUGCGCCGCCGCGCUGGCGGUGUCGGCCUGCGGAUCCGUCCCUCCGCCCGAGGAGGCGGCGCGCAUGGCGCGCUUCGUGUUGCACAACUGCGACUGGGGCGCGCUGGCCACGCUCUCCGCGCAGGAAGGGCUGCGGGGUCACCCCUUCGCCAACAUCUUCUCCAUCAGCGACGGCGUCCCGGGGCCCGGCGGCGGCAGCGGCGUCCCCUAUCUGUACCUGACCGACAUGGAGAUCUCCGUGCAGGACCUGGAGAUCAAUUCGAAUGCCUCCCUAACUGUGUCUUUGGCACAGACUCCAUACUGCAAGAAGCACAGAUACGAUCCUCAGAAUCCCCUCUGCGCCCACAUCAUCUUCUGUGGGAGCAUUGUAAAGGUGAAUGAUUCAGAAGCAGCCUUAGCGAAAAAGGCAUUAUUCACUCGGCACCCUGAGAUGGAAAGUUGGCCUAAGGAUCAUAACUGGUUCUUUGCCAAAUUCAACAUCACCAAUAUUUGGGUUCUGGACUACUUCGGUGGACUGAAAAUUGUGACACCAGAAGAAUAUUACAAUGUCAAGCCUUUGCAGAGGAAGAUCCUUGGUGAUGCUGACAGUACAGAUGGAUUACUUUGGAUGACUGCUCCAUGAAAGAUUUUCUAUGUGCAGUAGAGCUGAGUUAAUGCAAAAAAUUCUUACACCUUGCAUUGUUAAUAAGCUGGUGUAAUCCUUCUGAAGCACUUGUAAAUUCACACUAUCUAACAGAUUGAAUCAUGCCAUGCUCAAAAUCCUUUGUGCGUAAGCCAUAGCUAAAUGUUGUUCAGUGGACACAAACCUGGAGUGUUGUUUCUCUUAGUAGUCCAUAAUGCUGUGUUUACUAGAAAGUAAAGGAUUAGUCUGGUUCUAAACUUUCAGUGCCUUAGUUAAAUCAUUUCUGUUUGUAGGCACUCUCCAAUUCUUUUUAAUACCACUUCACUUGGCAGUGGUAUUAAAAAUACCACUUUAUCUGACACAGCACUACAGGGUGGCUCAGCUGACUGUAGAGUGGAAAGCCUUGCUUAUAUUGCAACGACAGAUGAUAUAUUGAGUUCUGAAUUUCUCUUUCAACACCUGUACACUCACAAUUUGAGCUGUUUUUCUGUUAGCCAUGUUUUUCUGCUAACCCUGAUUGGAUUUAUGGAAAUUGUAUGUGUACUUCAGGCUCAUGGUGAGUUCUUGGUAAGUCUUUGUCUAGUAGUGGUUAUAUGCCAUGAUUCUUUUAAAAAAGUAAUAGUAGUAGUGAAAGUAGCUGGCUGUGGUACAUGAAGAACAGUGGCUUGUAAAUCCAAUGAGACUGAUACAAAAAGAAGAUGUUUACUGACUUGAGUUUUGAAAUCUUUGGCUUUGCAUUCUGAUCAAAUGACAAUGUAGCAGCUUUUGCUACUUUCAGUAGUAGAAUUUGGUAGAUUUUUUUUGUUUUGGAAGCCUAAUACAGCAAUUUUAAGUCUGUAAUCUGAGAGUGAGAAAGAAACUAAUACAGUACGCAACAGAUGAUUUGUCAACUGUAGAGAAUGAAAAGUAAUGAGAAGUGUUGAAAGUUAAUUCUGUUUCAUAAAAUAAGCCCUACACAAAAAAAAGUAGAACAUCUUUUUAUAUCCUGUCACAUCUCCCAUGUACGUAGUUCACAAAUAUUCAAAAGUGGUUACGAACAAUUAAUUUAUUUUAACCCAAGCCAAUAUUACCUGCUCGACAUAGUGAAGAAGGUGAAAAUGUCGAAUCCUUAGAGGUAGAUCCAUAUAUUAGAACAGUGAAAUUGAUCACUUCCAAUUAUCUCUACAUAGUUAUUGCAUCAUUAUACUACUGCUCAUCUUGUAUGGGAAAGAUUUAUGGAAGCACUUUUGAAGUAAGUUAUAAAGUUUUCCUUCUAUGUGAAGGGGAAAAAAGUGUGCAUUUUACUGUAUUAAACACAUUGUGUGCUACUGUGUGGGAUAAUAGAAAACCCUGAAGAUGUGGAAACAAUUUAUGAUGAUUAGAUAACAUUAAAAUUAAAUAUGAUAGUGGAAAUAUUUUUAUAUAAAACAUAACAAUUGUGAAAAUUCAAAUGAUUUUAUGGUAUGGACUGAUCCUUUCGAUAGGGACACAUGAAUGUAUUACCUAUCACUCCAUAACUUCUGUUGUAUGAGACUGGUAAUGCUGGGCUUUUGAUAAAAUUAAAAUAUUUUUAUGAAAAAUGUUCUUGGUUUUAUUUAUUGCACAUUUGAAAUUAUUUAUCUCCCUUACACUUUCAUAUAAGCACACUUAUUUCAGGGUUCUUGUUUUGUUGUCACUCAGGAGUCAUUUAUCCUUGCUGAAGUAUACGUGGUGAAACCAUUCUAUUUCCUUUUUGGUUGAAAUAAGCAUCUUUGUGUUUCACUUUCUUUUUUGCAAUACUGUGAAAUAAAUCAUUAAAGAAUAACACUGGAGCUGUCUUUGGCUGAGGCUUCUACUUUCAUAAAUGACUGCAGCAGUUACCUUUUGUACCAAUACUUUCUUACUCUCAUAUGUUGUGCAAAUAUUAAUAGGUCUCCUCAAUAUACACAUAAAUAUAUGUGUUUGAACAAGGCAUGGUAUGUACUUUAGUGUUGUUCUAAACCUAAGGUGGUGUUUUCAAGUGAGGAUUCUCACUGUUAUUUUAACUGUUAAUAAAAUGUGGAUGUCUAAUA